CAUAUAUCAGAAUCAACCAAUACACUGCAAUAGCCAAAUCAACUGCAGCGUUGAGGACACAUUUCUGCUGAGCAACAGUCAGAAGAGUAUUCACAGCGAACAGGUUGAUCUAGGAUUGCACUAUUCAUUGGAUGAAGAUUACACAAGAAUGGCAUCACUGGGAAUUCCAGAAAAUAAUAAUCCCAUUGAAUUGCCGAUUCCUCCUACCGAAUUUCAAGAAAAGAAACUAGAAAUCCGUGCUGUUUCCGGCAAUGAUCGUCCGCAUUAUAGAGACGUUGAAGAAUAUGAUGGAUACCGAAGACAUCGCAAUAGAGCUUUCAAGAUGCAAAGACGGAGUAGCAACUAUAGCACGGCCAGCCGCAGUAUUGCAAAUGAUAGUUGUAAAAGCAUACCAAGUAAUCGAACACCAAAGGGAAAGGUUCUUACUAGAAGAUAUGCUAAGCCAAACUCACGGCAGAGACUUGUAGAAUAUGUGUAUGCAUGCAAAUUGAAUGAUGAUCGGCAGAACAGUCAUUUACAUAUCUUAAAUCCGAUAUUUGUGAAUGGUCUAUACCGCAGGAAAUCGGGAAAUGAUGACGAUGGUGGUGCCGAAUUAGAUGAGGAGUGCCGACCGCAUUGUAUCUGUUGCCCAAAUUACAAAAAACAAAAAGCAAAGCCAAUUCCAAAAGACGAGUAUAUUGAAGAGGACGGACUGAAUGAAAAUGACAAUCGAGAUAAUGAUCAAGCGAGCUAUCAGCAAAGAAACACCAAUCCAGAUAAUCAAAAUGAAAUGAGCUAUCAGAAUAGAAAUGAGAAUGAAGAUCCAACGGAAUAUAGGGAUCCAGAUCGUGAUGCAAUGCAACAAGAAAAUUAUGAUAAGUUCCAAUCUCCAGAGCCCACGUCAGAAGAUAAUCGUCCACAAUGUUGUCGUCCCGAUAACUGCCCUGUAUAUAUUAGUGCAACUAAGCAAGCCUAUUCACAUCGACAAGAUAAAUACAGAGAUGACAUCGAUGGCAUAGUCGAUGAGCAGCCUUCGCCGUCAAGGCAAAGUGAACAAAAGAACAGAUUCAAUUCAGAACCAACAGAAGAAGAAUAUAUAGAGAGAGAGGAACCAAAAGAGUCGAGUAGACGUGAAUAUAAACAAUCUUCUAGACAAGCAUCUGUAAAUACGAAUAGAACGGGAUAUGGUAGCAGAUCAGGACAGAAAGCAACGCAUGGGACGAAGGUUUAUUGUACAGCAAAUAAAAAGCAAAUGCAACAUGGCAAAAUGUACGUAGAAUGUCCUUAUAUAAUUCAAAAUCCUAAUGGUCGCGGACAGAUGAGUCCGCGAAGAGGAACUGGAAAUACCUAUCAAAGCGAAUACGUUGAGAGACGGAUCGAUUAUAGAUCAAAUCGAUCUUCUCGAAAUAGGAGUGAACGCGACGGAUAUGAGUCUCCGAUUUCAAGGGGUCGUCAAAAAAAUGAUCAGAAUGAUGAGAAGUUUUCAGAAAAUUCACGAUAUGACGAUUCUCCACAUGCGCAAAUAAGGUCCAGUCAAGAUUCAGACGGCAAUAGCUUUUCGAAAUAUACUGCGAGAACUAGCACAAUGUCAAACCAACGAAAGUAUUUAUCUGAAGAGGAUAUAAUUGACGAUGAGGAUGGAGAAAGCCCAAGAGAUGGAAGCCCGAUAAACUAUGAACCAAGGCAACCAAUACUAGAAGAAUACUUAAAGGAUGACGAUUGUACGUGCUCGACGGAUGAAGAAUAUGACGAUGACAACAGAAGUGUGGUUCCAACUGCAGAUCAGUAUCCUCAAGGAAACGAGAAUCAAAUGCAUGAAUAUCGAAGAGUUGAUUGUCCUUGCGAAAACUUCCAAGAAGUGCGCGAAUGUUAUAGACAGGAGUACAACGAUAAUAUUUGUGAAGCUCCAGAGUCUCCCAAGCGACGUUCUAAAGAUAAUAGCAAGGGGCGAAAGGACAUAAUCGAAGGCUGUUUAAAUGAUUGUCCCCAGUCAUGCGAUGAGCUGUGUCCAAAUUAUGUAUACGAACAAGAGUACAGGCAAUUCCGAUCAAAGCAAGAUGAAGGCCGUUUAACCGAUGUGUCCAAAGAAAAGUCUCCCAGACAAUCAGGUGAUAGCUACAAAAGACUGCCUGAUGAGAGAAAUUCAAGAUAUGAUGAUGAAAUUACCAGUUCACCUAAAAGGAGAUCCCGCUCUAAUCGUGAUGUUGCUGUUGAAACAGAAUAUGACAUGAACUUCAAUAAACGAGAUAAUGCCGAAGAUGCAACUGCAAGAAGUCGGGAGCAGUCUAAAGUUUCGGAAAGUGCUGUUGAAAAUGAAAAUGACACAACAAAUGCCAAUCAGCCCCAGUCUAAAGCUUUAAAAGUAGCAAAGAAAAAAAACUUGCUCUGCAAGUGUGUGCCCGAUAAACAGCCAAAGCCCAAAGGUAAACUGCGAUCUUCGUCACCAACAGGAGGCAAGUGCACUUGUAGUGUGAAGCGUUUAUCAAAGUCUGAGGACAUAGAAGACGAAUUACAGAGCGAGGUCGGCAAAAAGCCACGAAAAUCCCCCCAAACGUCAGAAGAGCCAGGACUGCGUGAAAAGUGUGUCAAUCGACAGCCAUCGGGUUAUGAGUCCCGAUCACCUAUUGCGCAUAACAAACUUCGUGGCAUGUCCGUGCUGGGAACCUUUCAGGUGCCACCCGUGCUGGCCGAGAAGACCAUCAACAUAGUCAAGAAACACAUUACUAAAUUGAGUCCGAUGCUUGUCCAGCAAGGGACAACCAAGUUGAUGAUGAGCAACUCGUAUCAGAAUUGCACCAGAUCCGUGUUAGAAGAAGCGCUGCCAAGAACUAUGGCGAGUACCAAUAAAAUUCCUGUUGGGUUCACAAACUCUGCACCGAGCCGUGAAAUGAAAGGUCCAGUGAUGGCGCCCAGUAAUCCAUUUCGUAAUAUAAAUUUUAAUGUUUCGAAGAGGAACAUAAUUAUUUUGCAUCCACCGGCAAAAGACUUUCGUCCCUCUAAAAACUCCUUUGACCAGGAUGAAGUUGUCUCUUCUGAAACACACGAACAUGAUGCCACCAAAGUAACCGAUGUAUAGAAUUAUUUUGCUAAACUUCCAAAGCCAACCAGACCUCAUACCAUAGCUAUAGACGCCUUUCACACCAACCCCAUAACUGCAUAAAAUGACACUAACUAACUGAAGA